AUGGUAUUUGCGAUGCUCAUCGUCGUCGUGUCCUUUCUAAUGUUCUUUCUUUGCCUGUACGCCAACCGUCUCCGCGGAUUCCCGCCCGGUCCGACCCCCUGGCCUUUCAUCGGUGUGAGCCUUUCCCAUGCCGUCUCAAACUGUCUUUUUUUCGUUUUCAGGCAACACUUUCCAAGUGCCCGAGAAUCGAAUCGACUUCAUAAUAAACAAAUACAAAGCGAUUUACGGCGGUAUCUUCACCCUCUGGCUACCUUUUCCCACAGUGAUUAUUUGUGAUUACGAGGUGAGUAAUGGUUGAUCAUGACGAUGAUCAUGUUGAAUGAGAGAGCGAGAGAAACAGAGAGGAGUAGUGCCCACGUGGAAAGAAACGGAUGAUAGAUGAGAGAAAAGAUCAGAGUGAUCCGUCCGAGGGCGCAGAUUAAGUGCAGUUCAAACCACCAAAAAGAUCUUUGAAGGCAGCACGAAAAUAGAAACAAAUCAUAAAAUCUACAUUUUGAACUUCAGAUCCUGCAACGGAACAUCGUGAAGAAAGGCGAGGCGUUCUCGGGAAGACCCGACACAUUCAUAAUGGAGAUGCUUGUGCAAGGCAACUACGGUCUCUUCUUCAUGGAAAACAACUGGUGGAAGGCGCAGCGCCGCUUCACCACCCACAUAUUCCGAUCGCUCGGCGUCGGACAGGCCGGAACCCAGGACACGAUCGCCUCGUUGGCUUCUGGACUCGUCGAGAAGAUCGAGAACGAGAAGGACAACCCGAUCGAACUGAGGCCUUUCCUUGUGGUUUGUCUGUCCGCAAACUCUUUUCAUUGACUGUUCUGUCCAGCACGUCGUCGGAAAUGUGAUUCACAAACAUUUGUUCGGCUUCACUCGUGAAUGGGACGAUACGGAGAUUCAUGACUUCCACAUUGCCAUCAAUGAGGUGAGGGCCCCCAUUUCUCCGCGCAUAACUCAAUUGCUGCCCAGGUUCUCGAACAUUUUACUUCCCCGAAGACGCAACUUCUGGACGCGUGGCCAUUUCUCGCCUAUUUGGACAGACCAUUGAGUCUGGGAAUCCCACGUACCACCCGAGCCAACGACGCGAUCAUCCACACGUUGGAGCAGGCGCUGGCGAAGCACAAAACGGGAAUUAAUUACGACGAAGAGCCAUCGAGUUAUAUGGACGCUUUCCUCAAAGAAAUGAAGAUCAGAGCGGCAGAGAAUGCGCUCCAGGACGGAUUCACCGAGAAGCAGUUGAUUGUGGCGAUCUACGAUUUGUACUCGGCCGGAAUGGAGACCAUCAUCAUUGUGAUCCGCUUCGCAUUCCUCUAUUUGGUUAACAAUCCGGAGACCCAGAAGAGAAUUCACGAAGAAUUGGACAUAAAUGUGGGAAGAGAUCGGGUAGGUUCGGACGGUUCUCCGUUUGAUUCCAACUUAUUUGUGUUGCAGAAAGUGGUCAUGGACGACCAGAAGCACCUACCGUACACGUGCGCAUUCCUGCAGGAGGUGUACCGUCUCGGCUACGUGCUGCCUGUCAACUUCCUCCGAUGCACUCUCUCCGAUGUGGACGACUGCGAGGGAUACCAUCUGAGUGCGGGCACGCGAGUCAUUGCACAGUUCCAGUCGGUGCACGUCGACAAAAAACACUUCCCGGAUCCGGAGCACUUUAAUCCUGACAGAUUCCUGAAUGUAGGCCAGGAGUGAAAUGGUUUCCAGUGAAUUCCGUUUUUCAGGCGCGUGGAGAGUACGUCCGUGACGAGAGAGUCAAUCCGUUCUCAAUGGGAAAACGAUCUUGUCUCGGAGAGAACCUCGCCCGAAUGGAAGUCUUCCUCUAUUUCUGCACACUCCUCCAGAACUUCGAAUGGCGCACGGACGGUCCGUUCGCUCCGCCCGUCGAUGUGAUCACUUCUUCACUCCGCGCUCCUAAACCGUUCAAAGUCCGAGCCACAAGACGGUGA